AUGUCUAUGCUAAGUUCCGUUCUUUGCUUAAAAUGCGAGGGGAUGUAUAAUGAAAACCGUAAGACGUGUAUUGGAUCAUGUGGCCAUUCAAUUUGUGAAAAAUGUUUUGAUGAAAAACAGUCUGGAUCGUGCUCAAUUUGCAAAGCAGAACAUGCAUUCGAUGAGAAACGUUUUAAUUGGCACGCACCAGAUAUGGUCAAAACACUGUUGGAGUCCAUAUCACUGACAAGUGUAUGCAAUAUGAAUACAGACCACACGACUGUUGGCCAUGGAUUAUGUUCUGAAUGCAAAGGUCAUAGCAACAAAUUACGAAUAUGUGCAGAUUGUGCCAUUCAACACAAUCUUCUAGAGAAAUCCGAUAAUGGAGGUCUCAAAUUGUCAAAAGAUUCUUCAGAAGAAGAACUACUGGAAGCUAAGAUUCUUCGAAUCAGAAGUAACGCUUUAUGUGCUGAUUGCGUAAUGGAUGGACGGAAGCAUGAUGGACAUCAAAUGGUACCUUUGGGUGACGUUCAAUAUAUGAACGAUGCUACAGAAGUUCUUGAUUCUCACGCUGCUCUUGUAUUCUUGUUUCAUAACAUCUGGAAAGAGUGCGAUCAACACAAAUAUAUGAAAUUAGAUUUGCAACUCUACAACUUUCAUUGCGAAUGCUUUUUAAUAAUAGAAAAACUUAUUGAACAUUUGGAAAACGACUCUUCCGCGGAUAGCGAACUUUUAAAACCAACUGAAUAUAUGGAUCAAGUUUAUGGAUCAGUCUGGCAUUUUAGAAUUCGAGUCGAAGAUUCCCUAAAAGAAGCAUCUAAUUAUAUGGAGAUCGAAAGCAGCACUGAAGAGAAAUUGGAAUGGAAGAAAACGAUUGAACAACUGGAAUGUAUCAAAGGUUUUUACGAUUUCAUAAUCUUAAAGGGCCAUUUCGAGGGAAGUAGUCUCAUACCAAUGGACGGUGUUUUAAAACAUGGACCAUCCUUGAAAUUCGGUCAACCUAGCUUUGGUUCUGACGAUUCUGUGGAAGGUAUGAGAUUAAUAUUCAAAACACUGCCGAUGUUUGGCUCUCGAUUUGGACAGUCUGAAAGAGACAAGGAGCAACAGUUGGAAAAACCGAAGCUUGAUGAAAUAUAA